AUGGCAAGCCAGGCGUCGACGCAAACGCCUCUUCCCCGCGUUUCUAUCCAGUUCUGUACGCAGUGUAAAUGGAUGUUACGAGCUGCCUAUUAUGCUCAAGAACUCCUCUCCACAUUCUCAACAGGCCUCGGGGAGGUCGCUCUUCAGCCUUCUACAGGCGGGACUUUCAUAGUGACCAUCACGCAUCAAGCCACUGGUGCAGACAUUUCUUCUACAAAGACCCUCUGGGAUCGACGUGAAGAUGGGGGCUUUCCUGAGACGAAGGAGCUCAAGAGGAGGGUGAGAGAUGUCAUUGAACCUGGAAGAGAUUUAGGCCAUGUUGAUAGGGAUCGUGGGAAGAAGGAGGAGGCAGCGAAAGACAAGCCAGCUGAGACGGAGAAAUGCGAAGAUUGCCAGUAG